AUGGCAGCGGCACCUGUGCACCGUGCCCUGCUGCUCCCUUGCAUCUUGCUUUGGAGCUCCUUGUGGUUGGCAUCCCAAGGCUUCACCGGCACCUUAUCUGCACCAGGGCGGCAGAGCCGAGUUCUUCGAAGGGCCGAGUACAACACAGUGGCCGUCCCAGGGGCCACAGGACGCCUGGGCCGCUUCGUUGUGGAGGAGUUGUUGAAGGAUCCCAAGGUGGAAAUCUUGGCGCUUACUCGCAACGUGUCGAGAGCUGAAGAGUUCCUCCCAGCGGACGAGCGCAUCAAAGUCGUGCCUUGGAAGCCGGAAGACGAGGCGGCAGCAACAUCGGCCUUUUCGGAUGCAGAUGUUGCCAUUUGGUGUGCAGAGGGUCGCCAGGGGCUGGUGGCCAUGGGCAAGGCCUUUGCAUCUCGGACAUCUCGUUCAAGUGGCUCACCUCGUGUGGUGAUGUGUUCCUCUGCGGCGGUGACACGGCCGACGUGGAGUGAGAAACAGAAAUCGCGAUUGUCCGGAGCUGCCGACAUCCCAAUUGUUCGCUUGAACCCGGGUGGUUUGCUGGACGAGAAACGCGCAACCGAAAAGUUGCUGCGCAAGAGUGGCGCCAGCUACACAGUGGCACGUCCCACAGGUCUCAAGGAUGACUGGCCCACAGGGCGACCGGUGCUGUCGCAAGGAGAUGUGGCAGUUGGGCGCACUUCCCGCCAGGACUUGGCCACCUUCUUGGUCCGACUCUUGGAUGAACCCUCAUCCACGGGCAAGACCUUUGAGCUUCUCACGGUGCCCGGGUACCCCAAGCCUUUGGGCUAUGAUCAGGUGUUGGAACGGCUGCGACCAGAUGCUGCCGGCCCAAUGGCAGCGGCCUGGUCGCGGGUCUCCAAAUGGUUUCGAGGUGAAGACGCUGCCCAGGCUGCCACCUAUGGGGUGAUGCAACAGCUCCUGCCGGGUGAAGAGCAGAAUUCCGCGGGCCUGGCCAUGGGUCAGACCUAUGAGCAGUACGACAAGAAGGAGGAAGGACGCCUGGGUCCCCGUGGUGCCGAGCGCGUGCCUCAAACUUUCGGCAGCUGA